UCAUAUCACGAUUAGAUAGUCCAAAACAUACGGGCCCACCACCUCCAAUGGUGGGUCCCACUUAUCACCGCCCUUGGAUCGCGAUCAGACAUCACCGUACCCCUUCUUUCACCGGAUCUUGUGUAAUAUCUAUUUGAUGAACGGUCAGAUUUACAUAUGAUCAUGCAGAGAUGAGCAGAAGGGUGGUGGACCAUGCCGGCUUUCCCAAGAAAGGAAUGAAAUAUGAUUGGAAGAAGAAGGUGGGGACCUACGUACCUGACCCUCAAUGCAGUGUAAUCAGCUCCAUCCUUUUCAUGCCAUUCCCAUCCGAAUACAGCAUCGAGGCGACCACGAGGCGAUCGAUGGCCUGGUUUUCAGCGGCCGUCUCAUCGGGGGCCCCACUCAUCUUCGUCAACAUCCAGACCGAACAGAUCGUCACCUCAGAAAGAACAGCUUCUGGCGCUGGCGACAGCGGCGGCGGCGGCGGCCAGAUCACCCGGCAUGAUACAGGCUGGUACAGGCAACGAAAUUCAAACACGACCAUCCAAAUCACACAAGGAAUCCGACUAUGGUUUUUGCCCGGAGUGGCUGAGGAGGUUCCGGUGAUGUUGAAGCCGGAGCCCGGAGAAAACCGGUUUGGGAUGGACAUCAAGCGGACUGAAGAGGGCAUCAUCUGCAUCUACUCAGUGUCCAAAGGGCUGGCGGCGGACCGGGCCGGUCUUAAAGAGCUACACGAGCAAGCGGCUGCGGAGGACCGGCUCGUGGUAAUAGCCCGGCUGGAAGGGAAGAGCCUCAUGCCAUCUACCGUUUCCUCAGCCGGCCUCAUACAUUGCUGCGACCACAACGAAGUCAAAGAGAUACUCGCCUCUGCUAUCGAACGGAUGGACGGGAUCAACCUUCACAUCAUGGCAUGGUCCAGUCAAAAAGCCGCUCGGCCUUAUCAGACGGUGGGUCUCACCACCCUUAAACCCCCAGAAGAAUCUUACCACACGGUGGCCACGUUUGUUCCAACCACAUCCAACCGUUGGUUCCACCUUGUCUGAUCAAAUCUCCGUGUGUGUGUGUAUAGUAGGAAUUAUCACCGUUGGAUGUUAUGAGGGAUGAAUGAAGAAUGGUUACCUACCACUUGCAACGUACGAACAAUAACGGUAACGAACAAAACUGUUAGUAGUGAAAUCAAUGUAUUUAUUAGAAUACAUGUAAUUAAGUCCAAAUGAAUGUGCACCGUGUAUUUCCUGGUGCUGU